AUGGUCAAUAAAUUGUUUUCAACGUUGGCCGCGGCCUUCGCCGGCCUCACGCUCUGCGCUGCUCAAGAUGGCUAUACCAACGAGACAGAUCCUUACUAUGGACAGAGUCCAGCCGUAUACCCCACGCCUGUGGGAAACGGAACGACAAACGGAAAAUGGGCCACAGCUUACCACCGCGCAAAAUCCCUAGCCGCACAAAUGACCGUCGAGGAGCUCGCAAACUUCACCCACGGUUGGAACGGCCUCUGCACCGGCAACACGGGCUCCGUGCCCCGCCUCGGCAUCAAGCCCAUCUGCCUCCAAGACGGUCCCGAUGGCGUCCGCGCGCAGGAAUUCGUCUCCGCCUUCCCCUCGGGCAUCCACCUCGGCGCGACAUGGGACCGGAACCUCUCGUACGCGUACGGCGAGGCCCUGGGCGCCGAGUACCGCGGUAAGGGCAUCAACGUCGGCCUCGGGCCUGUCGGUGGGCCCCUGGGCCGUAUCGCGCGCGGUGGGCGGAACUGGGAGGGGUUGAGUAACGACCCGUACCUCUCGUCCGUCGGCGUCGGGGGCGUGACCAAGGGGAUGCAGGAUGCGGGGACGAUUGCGUGCCCGAAGCAUUGGCUUCUCAAUGAGCAGGAGUACCGCCGGAACCCGAGCGUGGAGGAAGGCGAGUCCGGGUCGUCUAAUGUCGACGACAGGACGCUGCAUGAGCUUUAUGUUUUCCCCUUUAUGGAUGCGUUGAAGGAGGGCGCCGCGUCGGUCAUGUGCUCAUAUAACCGCGCCAACAACUCGUACGGCUGCCAGAACUCGAAGCUGCUUAACGGGGUCCUCAAGACGGAGCUCGGGUUUGAAGGGUUCGUGGUGAGCGAUUGGGGCGCGCAAUACGCAGGUGUGGCGACUGCAAACGCAGGUCUAGACCUUGUGAUGCCAAACGAAGCUUUCUGGGGCGCCUCCCUCGUCGAGGCCGUCAACAACGGCAGCGUCGCGCGCGAGAGAGUCGAGGACAUGACGACGAGGAUUCUUGCCGCGUGGUACUACAUUGGCCAAGACGGCGACGACUACCCGGCCGUCGGCGCCUACUCGAAUCUCCAGAAGCACGACCCCGUCGACGUGCAGAAUGGGCACAAGGCGCUCAUCCGCGAGAUUGGCGCCGCCGGCACGGUGCUCGUUAAGAACGUCAACGGAACGCUGCCAUUCAAGAGUCCCAAGUUUUUGACCGUGUAUGGGUACGAUGCCACGCUGCCCCCGACGCCGUGGGGAAGCACGAGUUACGGACCGUCGUUUGGUACCUUUCUGGGGGACACCUUCAACGGGACGCUGGUGGCCGGCGGCGGCUCGGGGGCUACGACACCGCCGUAUGUGAUCAGCCCCUUCCAGGCGAUCCAGGAGCGUGUCGUCGCGGAUGGCGGCGUCGUCAAGUGGGAUUUCUUUUCUGAGAACCCACAGCCUAAUUACGUGAACUCCGAGGCGUGCCUGGUCUUUAUCAACGCGUGGGCUUCGGAGGGGUACGACCGCCCCAGCCUGACGGACGAGUUCAGCGAUAGCCUUGUCAACAACGUCGCGGCCAACUGCUCCAACACGAUUGUCGUGUUGCACUCUGCCGGUAAGCGCGUCGUCGACGCCUGGGCCGACCACCCCAACGUAACAGCGAUCCUCUUCGCCGGCCUACCGGGCCAGGAAUCAGGCCACUCCCUGACCGACAUCCUCUACGGCGACGUGAACCCCAGCGGUAGACUCCCCUACACCGUCGCCCGCGCCGAGUCAGACUACGGCAACCUCCUCAACUCGACCGUCGAAGCGGGCCCGUUCCCGCAGGACGAUUUCACCGAGGGCCUCUUCAUCGACUACCACGCCUUUGACCGGGACGGCAUCUCGCCCCGGUACGAAUUCGGCUUCGGGCUGUCGUACACGAGCUUUGCGUACUCGUCUCUCUCGGCGUCGCCCGUCGGGGCCGUCGCGGCGGGCGUGCCGGAUCCGAACGUCGCGGUCGUGCAGGGCGGACACCCCGCGCUGUGGGAGGAGGUCUACGCCGUCUCGGUGACGGUGCAGAACACGGGUGGGGUGGCGGGCCACGAGGUGGCGCAGCUGUAUGUUGGGAUCCCCGUUGAGGGUACGCCUGCGAGGCAGCUCCGGGGGUUCGAGAGGGUGUUUGUCGAGGCGGGCGGGAGCGCGACGGUGGAGUUUGUGCUGACGAGGCGGGAUUUGAGCUUUUGGGAUGUUGUUGCGCAGCAGUGGCGGUUAGCGGAGGGGGAGUAUGGUGUUUGGGUUGGGGCGAGCAGUCGGGAUUUGAGGGUCAAUGGGACGCUUACUAUCUAG